CGUAAUAUAUCAAGGUGUUCCUAGUAACCUCCCAUGACUGGUAUUUGCGGCUUUUUGCAAAUAUAUGUAGAUGAAUACGUACAGUGUAUCUAAUUGUACCAUUUAGGGGCAUCGUUGGCUCGUUUAAGGCCUCCCCAUGUAUAUACGAUUAGAUGACGUUUAUGAUCUCAUUGAAGAAGUUCAUCAUCACGUGUUAGCUUGGGUGCAUAAAUUUAUUCUAUAUAAGCGCUAGUUCACUUUCAUCUUCAUCUUCAUACCUUAAUAAUGUUCUUACGUACACUUACGACAACCGCACUAGCUAGCUUAUUAGGCUCAGUACUAGCAUUAAACAAUGGCGUAGCUGUUACACCUCAAAUGGGCUGGAAUAGCUGGAAUUCGUUUGCAUGCGAAAUAGACCAAGACUUGAUUACACAAUCAGCGCAAAAGUUGGUCGAUUUAGGACUCAGAGAUUUAGGCUACACCUAUGUUGGUAUAGAUGAUUGCUGGCAGGCAGACGCGAGGGACCCUGAAACGAACAAAUUAUCUUACAAUGCAGAGAAGUUCCCAGAUGGAAUUAAAGGCGUCGCUGAUCAAGUUCAUGGUUUAAAUCUCAAGCUUGGUAUUUACUCGAGCGCUGGUACACUCACAUGCGGACGCAUGCCCGCAUCUUUAGGCUACGAGACUGAAGACGCGUCUAGUUACGCAGAAUGGGAGGUAGAUCUUCUCAAGUACGACAAUUGUUUCAAUCAAGGCCAAUCUGGUACUCCAAAGUUAUCUUAUGAUAGAUACAACGCUAUGUCACAAGCAUUGAAUGCGACCGGAAGACCAAUUGUAUACGCAAUGUGUAAUUGGGGUGAGGAUGGGCCUUGGAAUUUUGCAACUACAAUCGCUAACAGCUGGCGUACAACUGGUGAUAUCACUGAUAGUUUCACCGGUGAAGAUGAUCGCUGUCCUUGUAAAGGAAAUGAAGGAUUAGAUUGCAAACUAGCUGGAUACCAUUGUUCUAUUACUAAUAUACUCGAAAAAUCAGUAAGCUUAGGCCAAAAGAGCUUUUCUGGCGCUUGGAACGACCUCGAUGGCUUGGAGGUUGGUGUAGGAAACCUCACAGCUACACAAUCACGCUCACACUUUACUAUGUGGGCAUUCAUGAAGUCACCACUUAUGAUUGGCGCAAACCUUGAGACAAUAGAUGAUGAAUCCCUCGAAAUACUAAAGAAUAAGGCGGUAAUUGAUGUCAACCAGGAUGCGGGUGGUGAUGCCGCUUUCAGAGUAUGGAAAAGAGAAGUAGGAGAUGGAGAUGUACAGCUCUGGUUAGCGGAACUCUCCGAUGAUAAUUAUGCGAUCGCUGUUUUGAAUACGUCAUCUAAUGAGCAAACAACAGACGUCCAGUUUGACGAAUUGUUCAGAGGAAUAGACUUCAAGUCUGGAGAAAGAGAAGCUACUUGGAAUAUAACCGACUUAUGGCAAAAAGACGGUGAAAACUGGGGAUUAAACCUUGGUAGCGUCAGCGGUGCUAUCGGUGAAAUAUCGGUUGAACCAUUUGGUGUUGUCGCGUAUAAGCUUGAGAAAGCAAAUUAAUAAUGUAUUCUCUAAUAAGUUCAGAUAAACUUUUCUUGUAUUUUAAAUUCCUUGAGAAAUUUGAUUUUGUUCCGGCUUG